GGGCGUGGUCAGGAGGUCCCGGGCGGGGGCGGGGCCCUACCGGGGAGGAGCGGGCGCCUGCCGCCAGGGGGCGCCGUGGGGCAGCGGGGUUGCACCUGGCGCGAGGCUGUCGCUCGUCUGCCCGCCUCCCAGGCCCCGCAGCCCCGCGCCGCCUCCCGGCCCCGGUACCUGCCCCUCCGCGGGAUCCCAGCUCCUCCUCGAGCAGCCACGGGCCGCCAUGGCCUCUCUGGGGGACCUGGUGCGCGCCUGGCACCUGGGCGCGCAGGCCGUGGAUCGCGGGGACUGGGCCAGCGCCUUGCACCUCUUCUUGGGCGUCCCGGCGCCGCCCGCCAGGCUGUGCUUCAACGCGGGCUGCGUGCACCUGCUGGCCGGGGACGCCGAGGCCGCGCUGCGGGCAUUUGACCAAGCCGUGACCAAGGACACCUGCAUGGCGGUUGGCUUCUUCCAGCGAGGAGUGGCCAACUUCCAGCUGGCGAGGUUCCAGGAGGCUCUGUCUGACUUCCGGCUGGCACUGGCACAGCUGAGGGGCCACGCUCUCAUCGACUACACACAGCUGGGCCUGCGGUUCAAGCUGCAAGCCUGGGAGGUGCUAUACAAUGUGGCAUCAGCACAGUGCCAGCUGGGGCUCUGGACAGAGGCGGCCGGCAGCCUAAGGGAGGCCAUGUCCAACUGGCCGGAGGGGUCCCUGAAUAGCCUGGAUUCAGCCCUGGACCAAGUGCAGAGACAGGGCUCGCUGCUGCCACGGCAGGUUCCCAGGGGCGAGGUCUUCCGGCCCCACCGGCGGCAUCUGGAGCACCUGGAGCCUGUGGAUUUCCUGGGCAAGGCCAAGGUGGUGGCCUCUGCCAUCCCCGAUGACCAGCGGUGCGGUGUCCGCCCUCAGCAGCCACAGGGACUGGGAGUGAACCUCGAUGCCAGGUCCCCAAUCAUGGACUCCCCAAGAGCUGGCACCCACCAGAGCCCCCUCGAUGCAGAGACAGAGGUCGGUGCUGACCGCUGCACGUCGACCGCCUACCAGGAGCAGGUUCAUAGGCCUGGGCCUCUUCCCCUGCUGGGGGUCGGUGCUUCUGCUGCCUCUGCGGACCGGGGACCACAGUGGAACCAACACGAGGGUGGAGGGAGCAGCUCACUGCGGGGUAGACGGGGCCAGGCUCACCCGUGGUCCUGGCCCAGCCCAGCCAGAUGGAAGAGUGCCUGGCUGUGCCCGAGGCGAGAGGGCGCCGGCCAUCAGGGCAGGAGAGAGGUGGUGUCUCUCUCCUGGAAAGAGGAGAGAGUGGAGACAUCCAGAGGCCCCAGGUGGAGCAAGUUGGCAAACAGGCUCCUCUCUCCCCAGGGCCGCCAGCAACGGGGGGGCCUGGCCCCGGCCCCUGUGAGGACCCCGCGGGUGCUGGGGCUGAAGACGGCCCUGACCAGACCCUGGGCCUCAGUGGCCAUCCCUCACCCUCCUGCCUGGCCCCAGGGAACAGGUGCGGGGGGCUCUGAGCCCCUGGUGACUGUCACUGUGCAGUGCGCCUUCACCGUGGCCCUGAGGGCACGAAGAGGAGCCGACUUGUCUAGCCUGCGGGCACUGCUGGGCCAGACCCUCCCUCACCAGGCCCAGCUUGGGCAACUCAGUUACCAAGCCCCAGGUGAGGACGGGCAGUGGGUCCCCAUCCCUGAGGAGGAGUCGCUGCAGAGGGCCUGGCUGGACGCGGCUGCCGCCCCCAGGGGGCUGCAGCUGCAGUGCAGGGGAGCUGGGGGCCGGCCGGUCCUCUACCAGGUGGUAGCGCGGUACGGCUACUCAGCCCAGGGGCCAGAGGACCUGGGCUUCCGACAGGGGGACACGGUGGACGUCCUGUGUGAAGUGGACGAGGCGUGGCUGGAGGGCCACUGUGACGGCCGCAUCGGCAUCUUCCCCAAGUGCUUCGUGGUCCCCGCCGGCCCUUGGAUGUCAGGAGCCCCCGGCUGCCUGCCCCGAUCCCAGCAGGGAGAUCAGCCCUAGCAAUGCUGUGUAUAUGAUGCUUUUAAUAAAAACAACUCUCACUGCAGUAUAACUCUCCAAGUGGGAGGCUGGGCUGGCCCAGGAGAAGCCCCCAGGUCUGGACUCCUGCAGCGUCAGGCAGAGCGGGGAUCCAGCUGAGGCAGCUCCCUCCCCUCUGCCCCUCUCCAUCCUUCCUGAGGCCCUGUCAGGAGCAGGACCCCUGUGCCUCUGUGGUCUUGCCCCCUUUGCAGGCAGUAUGUGGCCCUGCAGUCACACAGCUUGCAGACACCAUGAUUCCUGGCGGCCUGUGUGCAGAAGGCACCAAGGCCCUGGAAGCCCAGUGUGGGAGGGGGCGGGCGCCAGGGACGCCGGGAGGGGAGGCCAUGCAGCUCUGUGGACAGCACCACCCCGAGGGUGCCCUGGAGGUGGCUGUCACCUGACCUUGGGCAGAGCCACAGAGCAAGGCCCCACAG